AUGUCUUCUCCUUCAACCAGCCCGACUAUUUCGGUUUCUUCAGCACCGUCUACGCCCGAGAUCUCGCCGAUCUCAUUCACGCCGUCUCCGCCGACUUCGCGAACCUCCUCCCCGCGGCCAAAGCUUUGCCCACUCGACGCACUUCACUGUGCCGCCCCUCGCGUGCGUAAAGCAACCAGCUGGCAAGGAAGCGGAUCUACCAAGUGCGCGUCUGGGCGCCCGCAAGUCAUUCUGCCGCCCAUCGCGAAGCUCGCGCCACCCGCCCGCGCAUCAGUCAUACCCGCGCACGCACCCGCGCCUCUGUCACCUCUACCCGACUCGCCACAGAUGUCAUGGCCGGUGUAUCAGGCGCGCUUCCGAGGGUUGCACGGACGCCGAGGGAGCUGCACCGGAGGGCACGAAUCCUUGUCUGAUCGGAAUUCGGCGAUCGUUUUCUUUCUUCCUCCUUAUCCAAUCUUCUACCGCGCCACCCUACUGUCCUAA